AUGGAUCCUGACCCAAGAUUACGUUACAUUGAUAUUGGGGAUGAACCAAUGAUACAAUUGGAGCCAAUAAGAGGUGGUGAAAAUGUACCGUUGAUGUCGCUGGAAAUGGCUGUUGAAUCCCUAAAACCUAUGAUCGACGUAUUACCAAGUGUUUCGAUAUCGAAAAAAAAAUGUCAGCAUCUUCACGAUAACUUGACACUAGAUGAAUCUGCUGCUAUUCGUUUAUAUACAAUGCAAAAUCUUUCGCAACACCUUAAUGGAAUAUUACGUUCGAAAGUCAGAGCAGAAUUACUGCACCCUUGGAUUCCUUACCUAAAACUACUUCUAACGGCAUUAUACAAACUACCAUCAGUCAAAAAGAUAGUUUGGCGUGGAACUAACUUGGACUUAAGUACACUGUAUAAACCAGGUGACAGAUGUGCAUGGUGCGGUUUCAGUAGCUGUACAGAAUCAAUUACAGUAGCCGAUUUCUUCCUUGGAAAAUCUGGCUCUCGAACAUUGUUCUGUAUUGAAUGCGAAAAUGGUAGACUAAUCACACAACACUCACAGUUUGCAGAUGAAAAUGAGAUAUUGUUACUUCCCGACUUCUACUUUCAAGUGAUAGAUAUGAGAGUUGGCGAUGGUUUUCCUAUUAUUCAUGUCAAAGAAAUCCAACCACCACCUAGACUUUUGGAAUUACCGUUUCCCUCUAAUGAGUCAGUAAAGUGCAAUUUGAAUGGCUGUAUCUCAAUCAAACAAAAACACCCCACUUGUGUUAUUAAUGGUGAGCGAUGUCAUAAUCUUUGCAUAGUUAGUUGA